CUUUAUUUUUUUUAGCUUCUAAUCUUUAUACUUAUCCUAAACUAAUUCGAAUUAGAAUACUGUAUACUAAACCUAAACUAAUUCGAAUUAGUAUUCUAAUCCUAAACUAAUUCGAAUACCCACGAAAUAUACAUCUUAUAUAAACUUCCCAGAACUAUUAUAUGAAGUAUAAAUCAGUCAAAGAGAGACGAGAGCUUUUAAACACCAAUACUUAAGAUGGGUGAUUGCUGCUCACAAGGAGUUGAUGAUGAUGUUGAUAGGAUCAGCGAGUUACCAGAUGAAAUAUUAAACAUCAUAAUAUCCAAACUUCCAACAAAAUUAGCAGUUAAAACCAGUAUACUAUCACAUAGAUGGAUACAUGUUUAUAAGUUGACAUACAUUGCUACCUUCAUUAAUCCGUCAACUCACUCAAAAACUUGGGAAACUUUUAUAAAUUCAUAUUUCCAACCACAUGAAGCACCAAAUAUAACAAAAUUUAGUCUUAUUUAUACACCAAGUUAUAUUAAUGAUUUUCACUUACAAAAAUCAAUUAACCAAUUAUCAACUAGUAUUUCAAAUGUCUUUGGGUUAUCUUAUUUACCAAGCCUUAAAUGCCUCCAUCUUCAACUUUUCGUCUUCAAACUUAAUUCGUUGAAUGAGCUCUUUUCUAAGUGCCCUUUGCUUGAAGAUUUGUCUUUUGAGUGUGUGGAUUCUGAAGAGAUGUCUGGUCGAUGCGAAAUUUUUCUACCUAUUGUAAAAAGUUUAAGAAUGAAAAUACGUUUUCUAACAUAUGAAGGUGAAUUUGUGAUUAAUGCUCCGAAAUUAGAGUUCUUCACCUUUUGUAGCGAAAUUGUUACCCCUACUUGUUCACUGAAAAGCUCUCCUAAUCUUAUCGAGACAUCUGUAAAUGUUGGACAUAGUAGUUACCACCAUGUUGAUAGUUUAUCAAAAAAAGCUAUAUUUGGAUUCCUCAAUGGUGCUCGUACCAUCAAAGUUCUACAAAUCUCCUGUCAUUACAACAAGAAUACCAAAUUGUUACGGGAAAGUUUAGUCUACUUCUUGGAGAAUGAACAGCAAUGGAGUAGUAUAAUUAAUUUGGAGCAGAAGCUACCAAUGUUUCAUAAGUUGGAAACAUUGAAACUUGGGUUCAACUACCACGACUGGAUACAUGUAAUCCCAAAUGUGUUAGCAAAUGUGCCACGGCUUGAAACCCUCAUCUUCGCCAAGGGCAUAAUUUCUCGCAAUUACAAGGUUACUAGAAAGACCAGAAUUCCGACACUCCCAAAAUUUCGUCUAUCACAUCUAAAGAUGAUUGAAGUUUGUUAUUUUGGUGAAGAACUUGAGGAGAUACGAAUUCUGAAACAUCUUUUGGACAAUGCCACUGUAUUGGAGAAGCUCAUAUUGAUUAAGGCAAAAAAUCAAAGACUUUCUGAGGGAACAACUUUUGUCUACACUGGUGACGACCUCAAAGCUAAGCAUUUGGAUUUUGCAAGAAUUGUAAAUCAAUGAACUAUUUCAGUUGAUUUAGUUUAGGUCCCAUUUAUGGUAUUAUCAAAAUAUGUAUAUAUACAAUUAAUAAUUGUAUGGGUAAUAAUAUUUUGUUAUUCAAAUUAUAAGAUUGCAAUGCAGCUAAUCGAUGUUAAA